AUGGCACCCUCACCGUCCUCCAGCAUUGCACCCUCACUGUCCUACAGCACGGCCACCUCACCGUCCACCUACACGGCACACUCACCAUCCUCCAACACAGCACCCUCACUGUCUUCCAGCACGGCACCCUCACCGUCCUCAAACACCGCUCCCUCACCGUCCUACAGCACGGCCCCCUCACCAUCCGCCAACACGGCACACUCACUAUCCUCUAAAGCGACACCCUCAACGUCCUCCAGCACGGCACCCUCGCCGUCCUCCAACACGGCCCCCUCACCAGGACCAUCACCAUCCUCCAACACGGCACCCUCACCAUCCUCCAACACGGCACGCUCACCGUCCGCCAACACAGCACCUUCACUGUCCUCCAGCACGGCACCCUCACCGUCAUCCAGCACGGCACCCUCACCGUCCUCCAGCAGGGUACCUUCACCGUCCUCCAGCAUGGCACACUCACCGUCAUCCAACACGGCACCCUCACCAUCCUCCAACACAGCACACUCACCAUCCUCCAGCACGGCACGCUCACCAUCCGCCAACACAGCACACUCACUGUCCUCCAGCACGGCACCCUCACCGUCCUCCAGUAUGGCACCCUCACCGUCCGCCAACAUGGCACACUCACCGUCCUCCAACGCGGCACCCUCACCGUCCUCCAGCACGGCACCCACGCCAUCCUCCAACACGGCCCCCUCACCGUCCUCCAACGCACCGUCAACAUCCUCCAACACGGCACCCUCACCGUCCUCCAGCAUAGGACCAUCACCAUCCUCCAACACGGCACCCUCACCAUCCUCCAACACGGCACGCUCACCGUCCGCCAACACAGCACCCUCACUGUCCUCCAGCACGGCACCCUCACUGUCGUCCAGCACGGCACCCUCACCGUCCUCCAGCAUGGCACCCUCACCAUCCUCCAACACGGCACCCUCACCAUCCUCCAACACAGCACCCUCACUGUCGUCCAGCAGGGUACCCUGACCGUCCUCCAGCACGGCACACUCACCGUCGUCCAACAUGGCCCCCUCACCAUCCUCCAACACGGCACCCUCACCGUCCUCCAGCAUAGGACCAUCACCAUCCUCCAACACGGCACCCUCACCAUCCUCCAACACGGCACGCUCACCGUCCGCCAACACAGCACCCUCACUGUCCUCCAGCACGGCACCCUCACUGUCGUCCAGCACGGCACCCUCACCGUCGUCCAGCAUGGCACCCUCACCAUCCUCCAACACGGCACCCUCACCAUCCUCCAACACAGCACCCUCACUGUCGUCCAGCAAGGUACCCUGACCCAUGGCACCCUCAACGUCCUCCAGCAUGGCACCCUCACCAUCGUCCAACACGGCACCCUCACCAUCCUCCGACACAGCACACUCACCGUCCUCCAGCACGGCACGCUCACCGUCCGCCAACAUAGCACCCUCACCGUCCUCCAACACGGCACCCUCACCAUCCUCCAACACGGCACCCUCACUUUCUUCCAACACGGCACACUCAUCAUCCUCCAGCAUGGUACCCUCGCCGUCCUCCAACACGGCACACUCGCCGUCCUCCAGCACGGCAACCUCAUCGUCCUCCAACACGGUACCCUCACCAUCCUCGAACAAGGCACCCUCACCGUCCUCCAACAUGGCACCCUCACCCUCCACCAACACGGCACCCUCACUGUCCUCCAACACGGCACACUCACCGUCCUCCAGCAUGGCACCCUCACCCACGUCACCGUCACCGUCCUAUAACACGGCGCACUCACCGUCCUCCAAUACGGCACCCACACUGUCUUCCAACACGUCACCCUCACCGUCGUCCAACACGGCACCCUCACCGUCGUCCAACAGGGCACCCUCUCCAUCCACCAACAUGGCACCCUCACCGUCCUCCAACAUGGCAUCCUCGUCCUCCAACACGGCACACUCACCAUCCUCCAGCACGGCACCCACACCGCCCUCGAACACGGCCCCCUCACCGUCCUCCAACACGGCCCCCUCAACGUUGUCCAACACGGCACCCUCUCCAUCCACCAACACGGCACACCCACCGUCCUCCAACACGGCAACCUCACUGUCCUCCAACACGGCACCCUCGACGUCCUCCAACACGGCACCCUCGAUGUCCUCCAAUAUGGCACCCUCACCGACCUUCAGCACGGCACCCUCACCGUCCUCCAACACGGCACACUCAUCAUCCUCCUACAAGGCACAUUCACCGUCCUCCAGCACGGCACCCACACCGUCCUCGAACACGGCCCCCUCACCGUCGUCCAAAGCGGCACACUCACUGUCCUCUAGCACGGCACCCUCACCGUCCUCCAGCACGGCACCCUCACCAUCCCCCAGCACGUCACCCUCACCGUCCGCCAACACGGCACACUCGCCGUCCUCCAGCACAACGGCGCCCUCACCAUCCUCCAACACUGCACCCUCUCCGUCCACCAACUCGGCACCCUCACCGUCCUCCCACACGGCAUAUUCGUCAUCCUGCAGCAUGGCACAUUCGCCAUCCUCCAACACGGCACCCUCCCUGUCCUCUAACAUGGCACCCUCAUCAUCCUCCAGCACAGCACCCUCACCGUCCUCCAACAAGGCCGCCUCACCUUCACCCAACACGGCACCACCGUCCUCCAGCACGGCACCCUCACCGUCCUCCAACACGGCAUCCUCACCGUCUGCCAACACAGCACACUCGCCGUCCUCCAGCACGUCACCCUCACCGUCGUCCAACACAGCACCCUCACCGUCGUCCAACACGGCACCCUCUCCAUCCACCAACAUGGCACCCUCACCGUCCUCCAACACGGCACCCUCUCCAUCCACCAACACGGCAACCUCACCGUCGUCCGACACGGCAACCUCACCGUCGUCCAACACGGCACACUCACCGUCGUCCAACACGGCACACUCACUGUCCUCCUACACGGCACACUCGCCGUCCUCCAACACGGCACCCUCACCGUCCUCCAACACGGCACCCUCUCCAUCCACCAACACGGCAACCUCACUGUCGUCCAACACGGCACGCUCACCGUCCUCCAACACGGCUUCCUCACCGUCCUCCAACAUGGCCCCCUCACCGUCGUCCAACACGGCACCCUCUCGAUCCACCAACACAGCACCCUCACCGUCCUCCAACACAGCCCCCUCACCGUUGUCCAACACGGCAGCCUCUCCCUCCACCAACACGGCACCCUCACCGUCCUCCAACAUGGCACCCUCAAUGUCCUCCAACACGGCACCCUCACCGUCCUCCAGCACAGCACCCUCACCGCCCUCCAACAAGGCACCCUCUCCGUCCACCAACACGGCACCUUCACCAUCCUCCAGCACGGCACCCUCACCGUCCUCCAGCACGGCACCCUCACCGUCCACCAACACGGCACACUCGCCGUCCUCCAGAACGGCACCCACACUGUCCUCCAACACGCCACUCUCACCGUCCUCCAGCACGUCACCCUCACCGUCCUCCAGCAUGGCACACUCGCCGUCCUCCAGCACGGCACCCUCACCAUCCUACAACACGGCACCCUCACUGUCCUCCAACACGGCACCCUCACUGUCCUCCAGCACAGCACCCUCACCGUCCUCCAACACGGCACCGUCACUGACCAACAUGGCCCCCUCACCGUCUUCCAACACGGCCCCCUCACCGUCGUCCAACACGGCACCCUCUCCAUCCACCAACACGGCACCCUCGCCAUCCUCCCACAUGGCAUAUUCGCCGUCCUCCAACACGGCACCCUCACUGUCCUCCAACAUGGCACCCUCACCUUCAUCCAACACGGCCCCCUCACCGUCGGCCAUCAUGGCAGCCUCUCCGUCCACCAACACGGCACCUUCACCGUCCUCCAACACGGCACCCUCACCGUCCUCCAGCACGGCACCCUCACCGUCCACCAACACGGCACACUCGCCGUCCUCCAGAACGGCACCCACACUGUCCUCCAACACGCCACUCUCACCGUCCUCCAGCACGUCACCCUCACCGUCCUCCAGCAUGGCACACUCGCCGUCCUCCAGCACGGCACCCUCACCAUCCUACAACACGGCACCCUCACUGUCCUCCAACACGGCACCCUCACUGUCCUCCAGCACAGCACCCUCACCGUCCUCCAACACGGCACCGUCACUGACCAACAUGGCCCCCUCACCGUCUUCCAACACGGCCCCCUCACCGUCGUCCAACACGGCACCCUCUCCAUCCACCAACACGGCACCCUCGCCAUCCUCCCACACGGCAUAUUCGCCGUCCUCCAACACGGCACCCUCACUGUCCUCCAACAUGGCACCCUCACCUUCAUCCAACACGGCCCCCUCACCGUUGGCCAUCAUGGCAGCCUCUCCGUCCACCAACACGGCACCUUCACCGUCCUCCAACACGGCACCCUCACCGUCCUCCAGCACGGCACCCUCACCGUCCACCAACACGGCACACUCGCCGUCCUCCAGAACGGCACCCACACUGUCCUCCAACACGCCACUCUCACCGUUCUCCAGCACGUCACCCUCACCGUCCUCCAGCAUGGCACACUCGCCGUCCUCCAGCAUGGCACACUCGCCGUCCUCCACCACGGCACCCUCACCAUCCUACAACACGGCACCCUCACUGUCCUCCAACACGGCACCCUCACUGUCCUCCAGCACAGCACCCUCACCGUCCUCCAACAUGGCCCUCACACCUUCAUCCAACAUGGCACACUCACCGUCCUCCAACACGGCCCCUUCACUGUCGGCCAUCAUGGCAGCCUCUCCGUCCUCCAACAUGGCACCCUCACCGUCCUCCAGCACGCCACCCACACCGUCCUCAAACACGGCCUCCUCACCGUCGUCCAAAACUGCACACUCACCGUCCUCCAACAUGGCCCCCUCACCGUCCUCCAACACAGCCCCCUCACUGUCGUCCAACACAGCACCCUCUCCAUCCACCAACACGGCACCCUCGACCACGGCACACUCGCCAUCCUACAGCACGGCCCCCUCACCUUCAUCUAGCACAGCACCCUCACUAUCAUCCAACACGGCACCCUCGCCAUCCUCCAGCACGGCUCCCUCCCCAUCCUACAACAUGGCACCGUCACUGACGAACAUGGCCCCCUCACCAUCCUCCAACACGGCCCCCUCACCGUCGUCCAACACGGCACCCUCUCCAUCCACCAACAUGGCACCCUCGCCGUCCUCCCACACAGCGUAUUCGCCAUCCUCCAGCAUGGCACACUCGCCGUCCUCCAACACGGCACCCUCACUGUCCGCCAACACGGCACCCUCACCGUCCUACAACAUGGCACCCUCACUGUCCUCCAACAUGGCACCCUCACCGUCCUCCAGCAUGUCACCCUCACCGUCCUACAACACGGCACACUCACCGUACUCCAGAACGGCACCCUCACUGUCCUCCAGCACGUCACCCUCACCGUCCUCCAGCACGUCACCCUCACCGUCCUCCAACCUGGCACCCUCACUGUCCUCCAGCACAACACCCUCACCGUCCUCCAACAUGGCCCCCACACCUUCAUCCAACACGGCACCCUCUCCAUCCACCAACACGGCACACCCACCGUCCUCCAACACGGCAACCUCACUGUCCUCCAACACGGCACCCUCGACGUCCUCCAACACGGCACCCUCGAUGUCCUCCAAUAUGGCACCCUCACCGACCUUCAGCACGGCACCCUCACCGUCCUCCAACACGGCACACUCAUCAUCCUCCUACAAGGCACAUUCACCGUCCUCCAGCACGGCACCCACACCGUCCUCGAACACGGCCCCCUCACCGUCGUCCAAAGCGGCACACUCACUGUCCUCUAGCACGGCACCCUCACCGUCCUCCAGCACGGCACCCUCACCAUCCCCCAGCACGUCACCCUCACCGUCCGCCAACACGGCACACUCGCCGUCCUCCAGCACGUCACCCUCACCGUGCUACAACACGGCACACUCACCAUCCUCUAGAACGGCGCCCUCACCAUCCUCCAACACUGCACCCUCUCCGUCCACCAACUCGGCACCCUCACCGUCCUCCCACACGGCAUAUUCGUCAUCCUGCAGCAUGGCACAUUCGCCAUCCUCCAACACGGCACCCUCCCUGUCCUCUAACAUGGCACCCUCAUCAUCCUCCAGCACAGCACCCUCACCCACGGCACCCUCACCGUCCUCCAACACGGCAUCCUCACCGUCUGCCAACACAGCACACUCGCCGUCCUCCAGCACGUCACCCUCACCGUCGUCCAACACAGCACCCUCACCGUCGUCCAACACGGCACCCUCUCCAUCCACCAACAUGGCACCCUCACCGUCCUCCAACACGGCACCCUCUCCAUCCACCAACACGGCAACCUCACCGUCGUCCGACACGGCAACCUCACCGUCGUCCAACACGGCACACUCACCGUCGUCCAACACGGCACACUCACUGUCCUCCUACACGGCACACUCGCCGUCCUCCAACACGGCACCCUCACCGUCCUCCAACACGGCACCCUCUCCAUCCACCAACACGGCAACCUCACUGUCGUCCAACACGGCACGCUCACCGUCCUCCAACACGGCUUCCUCACCGUCCUCCAACAUGGCCCCCUCACCGUCGUCCAACACGGCACUCUCUCGAUCCACCAACACAGCACCCUCACCGUCCUCCAACACAGCCCCCUCACCGUUGUCCAACACGGCAGCCUCUCCCUCCACCAACACGGCACCCUCACCGUCCUCCAACAUGGCACCCUCAAUGUCCUCCAACACGGCACCCUCACCGUCCUCCAGCACAGCACCCUCACCGCCCUCCAACAAGGCACGCUCACCGUCCACCAACACAGCACCCUCACCAUCCUCCAACACGGCACCCUCACCAAUGGCACCCACACUGUCUUCCAACACGCCACCCUCACUGUCCUCCAACACGGCACCCUCUCCAUCCACCAACACGGCACCCUCACCGUCCUCCAACACGGCACCCUCGCCAUCCUCCAACACGGCACACUCACCGUCCACCAACACGACACACUCACCAUCCUACAACACGGCACCGUCACUGACCAACAUGGCCCCCUCACCGUCUUCCAACACGGCCCACUCACCGUCGUCCAACACGGCACCCUCUCCAUCCACCAACAUGGCACCCUCGCCAUCCUCCCACACGGCAUAUUCGCCGUCCUCCAACACGGCACCCUCACUGUCCUCCAACAUGGCACCCUCACCUUCAUCCAACACGGCCCCCUCACCGUCGGCCAUCAUGGCAGCCUCUCCGUCCACCAACACGGCACCUUCACCAUCCUCCAGCACGGCACCCUCACCGUCCUCCAGCACGGCACCCUCACCGUCCACCAACACGGCACACUCGCCGUCCUCCAGAACGGCACCCACACUGUCCUCCAACACGCCACUCUCACCGUCCUCCAGCACGUCACCCUCACCGUCCUCCAGCAUGGCACACUCGCCGUCCUCCAGCACGGCACCCUCACCAUCCUACAACACGGCACCCUCACUGUCCUCCAACACGGCACCCUCACUGUCCUCCAGCACAGCACCCUCACCGUCCUCCAACAUGGCCCUCACACCUUCAUCCAACACGGCACACUCACCGUCCACCAACACGACACACUCACCAUCCUACAACACGGCACCGUCACUGACCAACAUGGCCCCCUCACCGUCUUCCAACACGGCCCCCUCACCGUCGUCCAACACGGCACCCUCUCCAUCCACCAACACGGCACCCUCGCCAUCCUCCCACAUGGCAUAUUCGCCGUCCUCCAACACGGCACCCUCACUGUCCUCCAACAUGGCACCCUCACCUUCAUCCAACACGGCCCCCUCACCGUCGGCCAUCAUGGCAGCCUCUCCGUCCACCAACACGGCACCUUCACCGUCCUCCAACACGGCACCCUCACCGUCCUCCAGCACGGCACCCUCACCGUCCACCAACACGGCACACUCGCCGUCCUCCAGAACGGCACCCACACUGUCCUCCAACACGCCACUCUCACCGUCCUCCAGCACGUCACCCUCACCGUCCUCCAGCAUGGCACACUCGCCGUCCUCCAGCACGGCACCCUCACCAUCCUACAACACGGCACCCUCACUGUCCUCCAACACGGCACCCUCACUGUCCUCCAGCACAGCACCCUCACCGUCCUCCAACACGGCACCGUCACUGACCAACAUGGCCCCCUCACCGUCUUCCAACACGGCCCCCUCACCGUCGUCCAACACGGCACCCUCUCCAUCCACCAACACGGCACCCUCGCCAUCCUCCCACACGGCAUAUUCGCCGUCCUCCAACACGGCACCCUCACUGUCCUCCAACAUGGCACCCUCACCUUCAUCCAACACGGCCCCCUCACCGUUGGCCAUCAUGGCAGCCUCUCCGUCCACCAACACGGCACCUUCACCGUCCUCCAACACGGCACCCUCACCGUCCUCCAGCACGGCACCCUCACCGUCCACCAACACGGCACACUCGCCGUCCUCCAGAACGGCACCCACACUGUCCUCCAACACGCCACUCUCACCGUUCUCCAGCACGUCACCCUCACCGUCCUCCAGCAUGGCACACUCGCCGUCCUCCAGCAUGGCACACUCGCCGUCCUCCACCACGGCACCCUCACCAUCCUACAACACGGCACCCUCACUGUCCUCCAACACGGCACCCUCACUGUCCUCCAGCACAGCACCCUCACCGUCCUCCAACAUGGCCCUCACACCUUCAUCCAACAUGGCACACUCACCGUCCUCCAACAUGGCCCCUUCACUGUCGGCCAUCAUGGCAGCCUCUCCGUCCUCCAACAUGGCACCCUCACCGUCCUCCAGCACGCCACCCACACCGUCCUCAAACACGGCCUCCUCACCGUCGUCCAAAACUGCACACUCACCGUCCUCCAACAUGGCCCCCUCACCGUCCUCCAACACAGCCCCCUCACUGUCGUCCAACACAGCACCCUCUCCAUCCACCAACACGGCACCCUCGACGUCCUCCAACUCGCCGUCCUCCAGCACGGCACACUCGCCAUCCUACAGCACGGCCCCCUCACCUUCAUCUAGCACAGCACCCUCACUAUCAUCCAACACGGCACCCUCGCCAUCCUCCAGCACGGCUCCCUCCCCAUCCUACAACAUGGCACCGUCACUGACGAACAUGGCCCCCUCACCAUCCUCCAACACGGCCCCCUCACCGUCGUCCAACACGGCACCCUCUCCAUCCACCAACAUGGCACCCUCGCCGUCCUCCCACACAGCGUAUUCGCCAUCCUCCAGCAUGGCACACUCGCCGUCCUCCAACACGGCACCCUCACUGUCCGCCAACACGGCACCCUCACCGUCCUACAACAUGGCACCCUCACUGUCCUCCAACAUGGCACCCUCACCGUCCUCCAGCAUGUCACCCUCACCGUCCUACAACACGGCACACUCACCGUACUCCAGAACGGCACCCUCACUGUCCUCCAGCACGUCACCCUCACCGUCCUCCAGCACGUCACCCUCACCGUCCUCCAACCUGGCACCCUCACUGUCCUCCAGCACAACACCCUCACCAACGCCACCCACACCGUCCUCAAACACGGCCUCCUCACCGUCGUCCAAAACAGCACACUCACCGUCCUCCAACAUGGCCCCCUCACCGUCCUCCAACACAGCCCCCUCAGUGUCGUCCAACACAGCACCCUCUUCCUCCACAUACACGGCACCCUCACCGUCCUCCAACACGGCACCCUCGACAUCCUAGAACACGGCACCCUUAUCGUCCUCCAACACGGCACGCUCACCGUCCGCCAACACAGCACCCUCACCAUCCUCCAACACGGCACCCUCACCGUCCUCCAACACGGCACACUCACCAUCCUACAACACGGCACCCUCACCGUCCUCCAACACGGCACACUCACCAUCCUACAACACGGCACCCUCAUCGUCCUCCAACAUGGCACACUCACCGUCCUCCAGAAUGGCACCCACACUGUUUUCCAACACGCCACCCUCACCGUCAUGCAACACGGCACCUUCUCCAUCCACCAACACGGCACCCUCACCGUCCUCCAACACGGCACCCUCGCCAUCCUCCAACACGGCACACUCACCGUCCGCCAACACAGCACACUCACCGUCCGCCAAAACAGCACCCUCACCAUCCUCCAACACGGCACCCUCACCAUCCUCCAACACGGCACACUCACCAUCCGACAACACGGCAACGUCACUGACCAACAUGGCCCCCUCACCGUCUUCCAACACGGCCCCCUCACCGUCGUCCAACACGGUACCCACUCCAUCCACCAACACGGCACCCUCGCCAUCCUCCCACACGGCAUAUUUGCCAUCCUCCAACACGGCACCCUCGCUGUCCUCCAACAUGGCACCCUCACCUUCAUCCAACACGGCACACUCGAAGUCCUCCAACACGGCUCCCUCACCGUCGGCCAUCAUGGCAGCCUCACCAUCCUCCAACACGGCACAGUCACCGUCCUACAACACGGCACCCUCAUCGUCCUCCAACAUGGCACACUCACCGUCCUCCAGAAUGGCACCCACACUGUCUUCCAACACGCCACCCUCACCGUCAUGCAACACGGCACCCUCUCCAUCCACCAACACGGCACCCUCACCGUCCUCCAACACGGCACCCUCGCCAUCCUCCAACACGGCACACUCACCGUCCGCCAACACAGCACACUCACCGUCCGCCAACACAGCACCCUCACCAUCCUCCAACACGGCACCCUCACCAUCCUCCAACACGGCACACUCACCAUCCGACAACACGGCACCGUCACUGACCAACAUGGCCCCCUCACCGUCUUCCAACACGGCCCCCUCACCGUCGUCCAACACGGUACCCACUCCAUCCACCAACACGGCACCCUCGCCAUCCUCCCACACGGCAUAUUCGCCAUCCUCCAACACUGCACCCUCGCUGUCCUCCAACAUGGCACCCUCACCUUCAUCCAACACGGCACACUCGAAGUCCUCCAACACGGCCCCCUCACCGUCGGCCAUCAUGGCAGCCUCUCCGUCCACCAACACGGCACCCUCACGGUCCUCCAACAUGGCACCCUCACCGUCCUCCAGCACGGCACCCUUGACCACGGCCCCCUCACCUUCAUCCAACACAGCACCCUCACCAUCCUCCAACAUGGCCCCCUCACCUUCAUCCAACACGGCACCCUCACCAUCCUCCAGCACGGCCCCCUCACCAUCCUACAACAUGGCACCGUCACUGACCAACAUGGCCCCCUCACCAUCCUCCAACACGGCCCCCUCACCGUCGUCCAACACGGCACCCUCUCCAUCCACCAACAUGGCACCCUCGCCGUCCUCACACACGGCAUAUUCGCCGUCCUCCAGCAUGGCACACUCGCCAUCCUCCAACACGGCACCCUCACCGUCCUACAACAUGGCACCCUCACUGUCCUCCAACAUGGCACCCUCACCGUCCUCCAGCACAGCACCCUCACUGUCCUCCAACACGGCCCCCUCACCUUCAUCCAACACGGCACAUUCACCGUCCUCCAGCACAGCACCCUCACCGUCCUCCAACACGGCACACUCACCGUCCUCAAACACGGCACACUCACCGUCCUCCAACACGGCACACUCGUCGGCCUCCAAGAUGGCACACUCACCAUCCUCCACCACGGCACCCUCACCGUCCGCCAACACGGCACACUCACCGUCCUCCAGAACGGCACCCACACUGUCCUCCAACACGCCACCCUCACCAUCCUCCAGCAUGUCACCCUCACCGUCCUCCAGCAUGGCACACUCGCCGUCCUCCAGCACGGCACCUUCACCAUCCUACAACCUGGCACCCUCACUGUCCUCCAGCACGGCACCUUCACCAUCCUACAACCUGGCACCCUCACUCUCCUCCAGCACAGCACCCUCACCAACGCCACCCACACCGUCCUCAAACACGGCCUCCUCACCGUCGUCCAAAACAGCACACUCACUGUCCUCCAACAUGGCCCCCUCACCGUCCUCUAACACAGCCCCCUCACUGUCGUCCAACACAGCGCCCUCUCCAUCCACCAACACGGCACCCUCGACGUCCUCCAACACGGCACCCUUUCCACCCUCACCAUCCUCCAACAUGGCCCCCACACCUUCAUCCAACACGGCACCCUCGCCAUCCUCCAGCACGGCCCCCCCACCAUCCUACAACAUGGCACCGUCACUGACCAACGGGACCCCCUCACCAUCCUCCAACACGGCCCCCUCACCGUCGUCCAACACGGCACCCUCUCCAUCCACCAACAUGGCACCCUCGCCGUCCUCCCACACGGCAUAUUCGCCAUCCUCCAGCAUGGCACACUCGCCGUCCUCCAACAUGGCACCCUCACCGUCCUACAACACGGCACCCUCACUGUCCUCCAACACGGCACCCUCACCGUCCUCCAGCACAGCACCCUCACUGUCCUCCAACACGGCCCCCUCACCUUCAUCAAACACGGCACACUCACCGUCCUCCAACACGGCACACUCACCGUCCUCCAACACGGCACACUCGUCGUCCUCCAAGAUGGCACACUUGUCGGCCUCCAAGAUGGCACACUCAUCAUCCUCCAGCACGGCACCCUCACCAUCCGCCAACACGCCACCCUCACCGUCCUCCAGCACGUCACCCUCACCGUCCUCCAGCAUGGCACACUCGCCGUCCUCCAGCACGGCACCCUCACCAUCCUACAACCUGGCACCCUCACUGUCCUCCAGCACAGCACCCUCACUGUCCUCCAACACGGCACUCUCACCAUCCUCCAGCACGGCACUCUCACCGUCCACCAACACGGCACCCUCACCGUCCUCCAACCUGGCCACCUCACCGUCGUCCAACACGGCACCCACUCCAUCCACCAACACGGCACCCUCACCGUCCUCCAACACAGCACCCUCACUGUCCUCCAACACGGCACUCUCACCAUCCUCCAGCACGGCACCCUCACCUUCUUCCAGCCCGGCACUCGCACCAUCCUCGAGCACAGCACUCUCGCAGUCCUCCCAUAAGGCAUAUUGGCCAUACUCCAGCAUGGCACACUCGCCGUCCUCCAACACGGCCCCCUCACCGUCCUCCAACACGGCCCCCUCACCGUCCUCCAACACGGCACACUCACCGUCCGCCAACACGGCACACUCACCGUCCUCCAACACGGCACCCUCACCGUCCUCCAACACGGCACACUCACCGUCCGCCAACACGGCACACUCACCAUCCUCCAACACGGCACCCUCACCGUCCUCCAACACGGCACACUCACCGUCCUCCAACAUGGCCCCCUCACCGUCCUCCAACACGGCACCCUCACCGUCCUCCAACACGGCACACUCACCGUCCGCCAACACGGCACACUCACCGUCCUCCAACACGGCACCCUCACCGUCCUCCAACACGGCACACUCACCGUCCGCCAACACGGCACCCUCACCGUCCUCCAACACGGCACACUCACCAUCCUCCAACACGGCACCCUCACCGUCCUACAGCACAGUACCCUCACCGUCCGCCAACACGGCACACUCACCGUCUUCCAACAAGGCACCCUCACCGUCCUCCAGCACGGACCACUCACCGUCCUCCAACACGGCACACUCACCGUCCUCCAGCACGGCACCCUCACCGUCCUCCAACACGGCACCCUCACCGUCCUCCACCACGGCACACUCACCGUCCGCCAACACGGCACACUCACCGUCCUCCAACACAGCACCCUCACCGUCCUCCAACACGGCACACUCACCGUCCGCCAACACGGCACACUCACCGUCCUCCAACACGGCACACUCACCAUCCUCCAACACGGCACCCUCACCGUCCUACAGCACAGUACCCUCACCGUCCGCCAACACGGCACACUCACCGUCUUCCAACAAGGCACCCUCACCGUCCUCCAGCACGGACCACUCACCGUCCUCCAACAAGGCACGCUCACCGUCCGCCAGCACAGCAUGCUCACCGGCCUCCAACACAGCACCCUCACCGUCCUCCAGCAUGGCACCCUCAGUGUCCUCCAACAUGGCCCCCUCAACGUCCUUCAGCACGGCACCCUCAUCCUCCAGCACGGCACCCUCACAGUCCUCCAGCACGGCACCCUCACUGUCCUCCAACAGGGCACCCUCACCAUCCUCCAACACAGCACCCUCACCGUCCUCCAGCACGGCACCCUCACCGUCCUCCAACACAGCACACUCGUCGUCCUCCAACAUGACACACUCACCUUCAUCCAACACGGCACCCUCGCCAUCCUCCAGCACGGCCCCCCCACCAUCCUACAACAUGGCACCGUCACUGACCAACGGGGCCCCCUCACCAUCCUCCAACACGGCCCCCUCACCGUCGUCCAACACGGCACCCUCUCCAUCCACCAACAUGGCACCCUCGCCGUCCUCCCACACGGCAUAUUCGCCAUCCUCCAGCAUGGCACACUCGCCGUCCUCCAACAUGGCACCCUCACCGUCCUACAACACGGCACCCUCACUGUCCUCCAACACGGCACCCUCACCGUCCUCCAGCACAGCACCCUCACUGUCCUCCAACACGGCCCCCUCACCUUCAUCAAACACGGCACACUCACCGUCCUCCAACACGGCACACUCACCGUCCUCCAACACGGCACACUCGUCGUCCUCCAAGAUGGCACACUUGUCGGCCUCCAAGAUGGCACACUCAUCAUCCUCCAGCACGGCACCCUCACCAUCCGCCAACACGCCACCCUCACCGUCCUCCAGCACGUCACCCUCACCGUCCUCCAGCAUGGCACACUCGCCGUCCUCCAGCACGGCACUCUCACCAUCCUACAACCUGGCACCCUCACUGUCCUCCAGCACAGCACCCUCACUGUCCUCCAACACGGCACUCUCACCAUCCUCCAGCACGGCACUCUCACCGUCCACCAACACGGCACCCUCACCGUCCUCCAACCUGGCCACCUCACCGUCGUCCAACACGGCACCCACUCCAUCCACCAACACGGCACCCUCACCGUCCUCCAACACAGCACCCUCACUGUCCUCCAACACGGCACUCUCACCAUCCUCCAGCACGGCACCCUCACCUUCUUCCAGCCCGGCACUCGCACCAUCCUCGAGCACAGCACUCUCGCAGUCCUCCCACAAGGCAUAUUGGCCAUACUCCAGCAUGGCACACUCGCCGUCCUCCAGCACGGCACCCUCACUGUCCGCCAACAUGGCACACUCACUGUCUUGCAACACGGCACCCUCACCCUCCACCAACACGGCACCCUCUCUGUCCUCCAACACGGCACACUCACCGUCUUCCAGCACGGCCCCCUCACUGUCCUCCAGCACGGCCCCCUCACCGUCCUCCAGCACGGCCUCCUCACCGUCCUCCAACGCGGCACCCUCACCCUCCACCAACACGGCACCCUCACUGUCCUCCAACACAGCACACUCACCGUCUUCCAGCACGGCACCCUCAUCGUCCUCCAACACGGCCCCCUCACCGUCGUCCAACACAGCACCCUCACCGUCCUCCAUCACGGCACACUCACCGUCCUCCAGCACGGCCCCCUCACCGUCCUCCAGCACGGCCCUGUCACCGUCCUCCAGCACGGCCCCCUCACCGUCCUCCAGCAUGGCACCCUCACCCUCCACCAACACAGCGCCCUCAUUGUCCGCCAACACAGCACACUCACCAUCAUCCAGCAUGGCACCCUCACUGUCCUCCAACACGGCCCCCUCACCGUCCUCCAAUGCAGCACCCUCACACUCCACCAACACGGCACCCUCACUGUCCUCCAACACGGCACACUCACCGUCUUCCAGCACGGCACCCUCACCGGCACACUCGCCGUCCUCCAGCACGGCACCCUCAUUGUCCUCCAACACGACCCGCUCCCUUUCCUCCAACAUGGCACCCUCAGCAUCCUCCAACACGGCACCCUCUCCGUCCGCCAACAAGGCACACUCGCGGUGCUCCCGCAUGGCACCCUCACCAUCCUCCAGCACGGCACCCUCACCGUCCUCCCACAAGGCAUAUUUGCCGUCCUCCAGCAUGGCACACUCGCCGUCCUCCAACACGUUACCCUCACCGUCCUCCAACACGGCACCCUCACCGUCCUCCAGCAUGGCACCCUCAGUGUCCUCCAACAUGGCCCCCUCACCGUCCUUCAGCACGGCCCCCUCACCAUCCUACAACACCGCACCCUCACCGUCCUCCAACAUGGCACACUCACCGUCCUUCAGCACGGCCGCCUCACCGUCCUACAACACAGCACACUCACUGUCCUCCAACAUAGCACACUCAGCGUCCUCCAACAUGGCCCACUCACCAUGCUCCAGCACGGCACCCUCACCGUCCUCCAGCACGGCACCCUCACCGUCCUCCAGCACGGCCCCCUCACCGUCCUCCAACACGGCACACUCACCGUCCGCCAACACGGCACACUCACCGUCCUCCAACACGGCACCCUCACCGUCCUCCAACACGGCACACUCACCGUCCUCCAACACGGCACCCUCGUCUUCCAACACGGCACCCUCACCGUCCUCCAACACGGCACACUUGUCGUCCUCCAACACGUUACCCUCACCGUCCUCCAACACGGCACCCUCACCGUCCUCCAGCAUGGCACCCUCAGUGUCCUCCAACAUGGCCCCCUCACCCACAGUACCCUCACCGUCCGCCAACACGGCACACUCACCGUCUUCCAAUAUGGCACCCUCACCGUCCUCCAACACGGUACACUCGUCGUCCUCCAACAUGGCACACUCACCAUCCUCCAGCACGGCACCCUCACAGUCCUCCAACAUGGCAUACUCACUGUCCUCCAACACGGCACCCUCACCGUCCUCCAACACAGCACCGUCACCGUCCUCCAGCAUGGCACCCUCAGUGUCCUCCAACAUAGCCCCCUCAACGUCCUUCAGCACAGCACCCUCACUGUCCUCCAACACGGCACACUCACCGUCCUCCAACACGGCCCCCUCACCAUCCUACAACACAGCACCCUCAUCCUCCAGCACGGCACCCUCACCGUCCUCCAGCACGGCACCCUCACCGUCCUCCAGCACGGCCCCCUCACCGUCCUCCAACACGGCACACUCGUCGUCCGCCAACACGGCACACUCACCGUCCUCCAACACGGCCCCCUCACCGUCCUCCAACACGGCACACUCACCGUCCGCCAACACGGCACACUCACCAUCCUCCAACACGGCACCCUCACCGUCCUCCAACACGGCACACUCACCGUCCUCCAACAUGGCCCCCUCACCGUCCUCCAACACGGCACCCUCACCGUCCUCCAACACGGCACACUCACCGUCCGCCAACACGGCACACUCACCGUCCUCCAACACGGCACCCUCACCGUCCUCCAACACGGCACCACCAUCCUCCAGCACGGCACCCUCACAGUCCUCCAGCACGGCACCCUCACUGUCCUCCAACAGGGCACCCUCACCAUCCUCCAACACAGCACCCUCACCGUCCUCCAGCACGGCACCCUCACCGUCCUCCAACACAGCACACUCGUCGUCCUCCAACAUGACACACUCACCUUCAUCCAACACGGCACCCUCGCCAUCCUCCAGCACGGCCCCCCCACCAUCCUACAACAUGGCACCGUCACUGACCAACGGGGCCCCCUCACCAUCCUCCAACACGGCCCCCUCACCGUCGUCCAACACGGCACCCUCUCCAUCCACCAACAUGGCACCCUCGCCGUCCUCCCACACGGCAUAUUCGCCAUCCUCCAGCAUGGCACACUCGCCGUCCUCCAACAUGGCACCCUCACCGUCCUACAACACGGCACCCUCACUGUCCUCCAACACGGCACCCUCACCGUCCUCCAGCACAGCACCCUCACUGUCCUCCAACACGGCCCCCUCACCUUCAUCAAACACGGCACACUCACCGUCCUCCAACACGGCACACUCACCGUCCUCCAACACGGCACACUCGUCGUCCUCCAAGAUGGCACACUUGUCGGCCUCCAAGAUGGCACACUCAUCAUCCUCCAGCACGGCACCCUCACCAUCCGCCAACACGCCACCCUCACCGUCCUCCAGCACGUCACCCUCACCGUCCUCCAACACGGCACACUCACCGUCCGCCAACACGGCACACUCACCGUCCUCCAACACGGCACCCUCACCGUCCUCCAACACGGCACACUCACCGUCCGCCAACACGGCACACUCACCGUCCUCCAACACGGCACACUCACCAUCCUCCAGCACGGCCCCCUCACCGUCCUCCAGCAUGGCACCCUCACCCUCCACCAACACAGCGCCCUCACUGUCCGCCAACACAGCACACUCACCAUCAUCCAGCAUGGCACCCUCACUGUCCUCCAACACGGCCCCCUCACCGUCCUCCAAUGCAGCACCCUCACACUCCACCAACACGGCACCCUCACUGUCCUCCAACACGGCACACUCACCGUCUUCCAGCACGGCACCCUCACCGUCCUUCAACACGGCACACUCACCGUCCUCCCACACGGCACUCUCACCAUCCUCCAACACGCCACCCACACCGUCCUCAAACAUGGCCUCCUCACCGUUGUCCAAAACAGCACACUCACCGUCCUCCAACAUGGCACCCUCACCGUCCUCCAACACGGCCCCCUCAACGUCCUCCAACAUGGCACCCUCUGAAUCCACCAACAUGGCACCCUUGCCGUCCUCCAACACAGCACCCUCGACGUCCUCCAACACGGCACCCUUGCCGUCCUCCCACACGGCAUACUCGCCAUUCUCCAGCAGGGCACACUCGCCGUCCUCCAGCACGGCACCCUCAUUGUCCUCCAACACGACCCGCUCCCUUUCCUCCAACAUGGCACCCUCAGCAUCCUCCAACACGGCACCCUCUCCGUCCGCCAACAAGGCACACUCGCGGUCCUCCCGCAUGGCACACUCACCAUCCUCCAGCACGGCACCCUCACCGUCCUCCCACAAGGCAUAUUUGCCGUCCUCCAGCAUGGCACACUCGCCGUCCUCCAACACGUUACCCUCACCGUCCUCCAACACGGCACCCUCACCGUCCUCCAGCAUGGCACCCUCAGUGUCCUCCAACAUGGCCCCCUCACCGUCCUUCAGCACGGCACCCUCACCGUCCUCCAACACAGCACCCUCACCGUCCUCCAGCAUGGCACCCUCAGUGUCCUCCAACAUGGCCCCCUCACCGUCCUUCAGCACGGCACACUCACCAUCCUCCAACACGGCACACUCACCAUCCUCCAACACGGCGCCCUCACCAUCCUACAACACCGCACCCUCACCGUCCUCCAACAUGGCACACUCACCGUCCUUCAGCACGGCCGCCUCACCGUCCUACAACACAGCACACUCACUGUCCUCCAACAUAGCACACUCAGCGUCCUCCAACAUGGCCCACUCACCAUGCUCCAGCACGGCACCCUCACCGUCCUCCAGCACGGCACCCUCACCGUCCUCCAACACGGCACCCUCACCGUCCUCCAACACGGCACACUCACCGUCCGCCAACACGGCACACUCACCGUCCUCCAACACGGCACCCUCACCGUCCUCCAACACGGCACACUCACCGUCCUCCAACACGGCACCCUCACCCACAGUACCCUCACCGUCCGCCAACACGGCACACUCACCGUCUUCCAACACGGCACCCUCACCGUCCUCCAACACGGCACACUUGUCGUCCUCCAACACGUUACCCUCACCGUCCUCCAACACGGCACCCUCACCGUCCUCCAGCAUGGCACCCUCAGUGUCCUCCAACAUGGCCCCCUCACCGUCCUUCAGCACGGCACCCUCACUGUCCUCCAACACAGCACCCUCACCGUCCUCCAGCAUGGCACCCUCAGGGUCCUCCAACAUGGCCCCCUCACCGUCCUUCAGCACGGCACACUCACCAUCCUCCAACACGGCACACUCACCAUCCUCCAACACGGCCCCCUCACCAUCCUACAACACCGCACCCUCACCGUCCUCCAACAUGGCACACUCACCGUCCUUCAGCACGGCCGCCUCACCGUCCUACAACACAGCACACUCACUGUCCUCCAACAUAGCACACUCAGCGUCCUCCAACAUGGCCCACUCACCAUGCUCCAGCACGGCACCCUCACCGUCCUCCAGCACGGCACCCUCACCGUCCUCCAACACGGCACCCUCACCAUCGGCACCCUCACAGUCCUCCAACAUGGCAUACUCACUGUCCUCCAACACGGCACCCUCACCGUCCUCCAACACAGCACCGUCACCGUCCUCCAGCAUGGCACCCUCAGUGUCCUCCAACAUAGCCCCCUCAACGUCCUUCAGCACAGCACCCUCACUGUCCUCCAACACGGCACACUCACCGUCCUCCAACACGGCCCCCUCACCAUCCUACAACACAGCACCCUCACCGUCCUCCAACAUGGCACACUCACCGUCCUUCAGCACGGCACCCUCACUGUCCUCCAACACGGCACACUCACCGUCCUGCAACACGGCCGCCUCACUGUCCUACAACACAGCACACUCACCGUCCUCCAACAUAGCACACUCAGCGUCCUCCAACAUGGCCCACUCACCAUCCUCCAGCACGGCACCCUCACCGUCCUCCAGCACGGCACCCUCACCGUCCUCCAGCACGGCACCCUCACCGUCCUCCAACACGGCACACUCGUCGUCCUCCAACAUGACACACUCACCGUCGUCCAACACGGCACCCUCACCGUCCUCCAGCACAGCACCCAGACCGUCCUCCAGCACGGCACACUCACCGUCCUCCAGCACGGCACACUCACCGUCCUCCAACACAGCACCCUCACCAUCCUCCAACACGACACACUCACCGUCCUCCAACACGGCACCCUCACCAUCCUCCAAUAUGGCACCCUCACUGUCCUUCAGCACGGCACACUCACCAUCCUCCAACUCGACACCCUCACUGCCCACCAACACAGCACACUCACCGUCCUCCAACACAGCCCCCUCACUGUCCUACAACACAGCACACUCAGCGCCCUCCAACAUAGCACCCUCAGCAUCCUCCAACAUGGCCCACUCACCAUCCUCCAGCACGGCACCCUCACCGUCCUACAGCACGGCACCCUCACCGUCCUACAGCACGGCACACUCACCGUCCUCCAACACAGCACCCUCACCAUCCUCCAACACGGCACACUCACCGUCCUCCAACACGGCACCCUCAUCCUCCAGCACGGCACCGUCACAGUCCUCCAACACGGCAUACUCACUGUCCUCCAACACAGCACCCUCACCGUCCUCCAACACAGCACCCUCACCGUCCUCCAGCACGGCACCCUCACCGUCCUCCAACACGGCACCCUCACCGUCCUCCAACACACCGUCCUCAAACACGGCACCCUCAACAUCCUACAACAAAGCACCCUCAUCGUCGUCCAACACGGGACCCUCACCAUCGUCCAACACAGCACCCUCAGCAUCCUCCAACACUUCACCCUCACCCACCCAGCGACAUGGCACCUUGACCGUCCUAUAA